UGGUGGGGAACUUUGCGUACUACUGGAACGAAGAAGAGAGGAAUCAUUUUGCUUCGAACAGAUAGAAAUCCAAAGUGACAGGAACCGCAGAAGGUGCUUCAUUCGUCGAGCUGAGUUUCGCAGUGUAACGCGCGUGAUUUUCACGUCAAGCUUGUGUGAUCUUUCGUCAUUAGAUUGCGAGGGACUAAAAAAAUCAUGACAUUGUUACCACCAACGCCGGCGCAACAGAAACGUAUAGACAAGGAACUUGCAUCUGAUCCGGAAGUGAGAAAACAAGAUAUUAAAACGCUUCGAGAAUGGCUCUUAAAACAGCAACACUUGCCAAAUCACAUAGAUGACGACAAAUUGGAAAGAUUUCUUUUCAAUUGCAAGAACAGUAUCGAGAGAUGUAAAUUAAUCUUGGAAAGAUACUACACCGUCCGAACAUCUUUUCCAGAAUUUUUCGCCGCUCGUGACCCGACGUCUCAAGAUAUUCGAAACUCUUUUAAUAUAACACACUACUUCAUUCUGCCAUCAUUAACCGAAGAAGGAUAUCGCGUCACUAUCUUUCAAUUACGUGACAAUGACAUAGAGAAGUUUUCGUUUCAAGCAACAGUCAGACGUGUUCUAAUGGCACUUGAUAUUCGUUUGAUGGAGGAAAUCUGUUUAUCUAAUAUUAUGAUCAUAGAUUGCGAGGGAUUUAAAAUGGCACAUUUUGCAAAAUUCGUUCCGACGCAAACUAUCGUAAGGAAGGCAAUGUUGGCAAUACAAGACAGUAUGCCUUUCCGGUUGGCUUCUGUUUACUUUCUUAACGCACCAUCGUUUGUCACUAAUAUAAUCAACUUAUUUUAUCCACUUUUAAAAGAAAAAUUGGUUCAAAAGUUUCAUAUUUUUAAUGGUGGUGGAGAAGAAUUACACGCUUAUAUAAACAAAGAUAUUCUUCCUAAUGAAUGGGGUGGCAAAGCAGGCACUUUACAAGAAUUAAAUACUGCAUGGCAAGAAAAACUUGAAAAGAAUAGAGAUUGGUUCCUACAAGAUGAAAAACUAAGUCGUACAAAUGAAAAAGCUCGUUCACCGGAAUUGAAAGCGUCCUGUCUCGUAAUGGACUAUGAAGGAAUUCAAGGUACAUUUCGAAAAUUGAACCUAGACUAAUAAUAUCAUAUUUUUAUUAAAAAAUUAGAUUUUUUCUACACUAGUAAAUAGAAGUUUUAUUUAGUUUAUGAUUUCUUAAUAUUAAAUUUGUUAAUUACAAUUAACGUAUAAUUUACCAAGAUUAACAAAAAAAGUGUAAAAUAGUUAUAAUUAAACUGUUUUUUAAACAAUGAUAAUUUUAUAUUGUUAAAAGUUUAAUUUUCUAUAUUGUACGUAAAAUUAAGUUUACUUUUUGGAAAACAAGGGAAUGAUAAAGAUAAUUUAGGAAAAUAAAUGCUUAUUUAGCAACUAUAUGUGUAGAUAGAUAUUUAUAUGUAGAAGAAAAAUUUGCGAAAUAUUUAAUAAAGAUUUAUUUUGCUCA